AUGAAGGAAAAACGAAGAAAAUCUACACUUAGCUCACGUGUCUGCUGUUCGUAUAAAUACUAUGGGCCUGUUCUUCUGGAAUUGGCCACAAAGAUAAUGACCAGUGGAAUAGUAAGCAGUGAUCAAGUUGCAGUGAAACGCAUACUUUCUCUGCUUUCUUCAACGAAUUAUAUUAUCCUUCCUUUGCUGAAUGGGUCACACAUGAAAUCCCGCCACAUACGAUGUCGAGAAGGCUACAGCCUUGUCUGCACGAGGCAAGCUUUGGUCCUGGAUACAAUUCCUGUGAAUCAUAGUGUAAAGGACAUCGCAUGCUUUACACUAGAGUUUCAAGCUACUGCCUUACAAGUGCUAAAAAGCUUGAUACAGCGUUUCAACAACGCAGAGGAGAGAAGUUUCGUAAUCUUCUUUGUUGGAGAUAUUGUCAGUCUGAUGCAGGGGGCGCUUCUGAAACAAAUGAGUAAAGAAUCGGUGGUUAUAGCUGGUGAAUGCUUGCGGCUCAUAAUGUUGACUUCAGAUGGCGUUUCUCAGGUUCCAUUCCUAUCCCAGAAUAUGUUUUGCUGUUGCUGCCAACAACACACCGAAAGGAGCUUCAGGAUCAAAUCAGUUAAGCAUUUUGCAUGCAAAAACUCUGAAAUAACUAUACGUGCUUCCGUCUCUCAAGAUAGCGCCCUUCCGAAGCCAAAAUCCUUGGUUCCACCAAUGGAUAUCAAACUACCAGCACCUGAGAAAGUCACCUCUUCUGCUGAUAUGGUUAAAGCUGGAUCAUUGUCCACUGCGCCAAAUGAUGAUUGGGACACUUUCCAGUCUUUUCCUGCUUCCACAAAUCCUCAAGUGUCAGAGUCAAAGGCAGAAAGCAUUGCUGAAGAGGAGCCAGACUCUCGUAGGAGAUCUUGUAUUCAUAAUGAGACAAAUAAUACAACACUUGCAGAAGAAGUUGAUGAUCAACCUCUUGCAUCUGACGGUGCUGCUGACACCACGAGAGAAGAUUCUGUUGACCGGAGCAAAAGGGUCGAGGAAACAUUAGAGCCAUCUCUCAUAGAAGAGGCUCUUACAAGCAAGGAUAACAAAACCCCAUCCGAGGAUCAUCUUGCUGAAAGUGAGUAG